AUGAACUCCUUGUUGCAGCCGUCGCGCUCCUCUCCCUCCUCCUCCUCCACCUCCUCCUCUUCCUCCUCCUCUUCCUCCUCCUCCUCCUCUUCCACCGUGGACAUCCUGGACGAGCUGCAGCUGAUCGCCGCCCAGAACCUGGAGCGAGUGGACAUCCAUAAGUACUACGAGGUGGUGCGAGAGCUGGGCAAGGGCACCUACGGCAAAGUGGAUCUGGUGGUGCACAAACUCAGAGGAACCAAAAUGGCGUUGAAGUUUUUGCGAAAGAAGACGACGAAGCUGAAGAGUUUCCUGCGUGAGUACAGCGUGUCUCUGUACCUGUCGCCCUGCCCCUUCAUCAUCAACAUGUUCGGAAUCGCCUUCGAGACCGACGACUACUACAUCUUUGCCCAAGAGUACGCUCCGGCCGGGGACCUCUUCGACAUCAUUCCCCCGCAGGUGGGUCUCCCGGAGGCGGUGGCGAAGCGCUGCGUGCACCAGGUGGCCAUUGCCCUGGACUACCUCCACUGCAAGAAGCUGGUGCACCGCGACAUCAAGCCCGAGAACAUCCUCAUCUUCGACCGCGAGUGCCGCAAAGUCAAACUGUCGGACUUCGGCAUGACGCGGCGCGCAGGUUCCCCCGUGAAGCGCGUCAGUGGCACCAUCCCCUACACCGCGCCCGAGCUCUGCGACACCUCCCGGAACGACGGCUUCUGCGUGGACUACAGCACCGACGUCUGGGCUUUCGGCGUGCUCCUCUUCUGCAUGCUCACCGGAAACUUCCCGUGGGAGAAGGCCAUGCCCAACGACGCCUUCUACGACGAGUUUGUGCGCUGGCAGAGACGCCGCAGCGGGAACGUGCCGUCGCAGUGGAGGAGAUUCACGGACGAGGCUUUGCGCAUGUUUCGCCGCUUGCUCUCCAUCGACCAGGAGCGCCGGUGUUCCGUCAAAGAGGUGUUCAGCUACUUCAACCAAUGCUGGAUGCUGGAUACGGAAAACGGGAAUGUUAGCAACACCGGGUUAGCGACCAGCACGCCCCAAAUUGACAUGAGCACGUCCUCGUCAGAAGAAGACGUUUUGGUGGACAGACUCAAACAGCAGAGCUUGUCCACAGCCGCGAAAGACCGGCUAAUGAUGGACACGCACUACUCCUCUGCUACCAACUCGCCGCCGGCUAACGCUAGCUACGACCGGGUGAACAGGGAAAACAAUGAGCGAGGGCGCCUCCUGGUGGCCACGUCCAUUGAAAUAUGCGUGUAG